CAUCAUAAUAACUUGUUAACAUUUGGUACGAACGAGACAUGGUUGUUAGGACUUUAUAUUAAGCGGUGUCUGGGUGUGAAUUUCGGCCGAUCCUUGUAUUCUAAAGCGCCUGCGCAAAAACGGUUUCGGGAGCGUAUGUCAAACAGUCAAAGUAAGGCGGCGCGCCGGCUAGCGCGCUGGCCAGCCGUACGGCUCGUAUCUCUCCCAAACAAUAAUUUAAGUCCGGGAGCAUUUUCUUCAAUAAAAAGAUGCUCCCAAACGUUAUUAAUCAUUGUGUGUUAAGGCAAUAUGUCAAUUUAACCGCGUAAGUCGUGUGAACGAACACGUGAUCCCGCUGCCCGUAGUGUCUUCCUUUGUAGUGUGAUUGACUCUAGUGCUGUUGUUUUGAUGAGAUUGGAGAAUGCCUGUGGAAUAAUUUUUCUCGUUAACUAAGGUCUAUUAUUAAAGCAAUAAUCUUUAAUUUAGAAACCCCACUGACGCUGCGGUGUUUAAAUUUUAAGAAGAAUCUUCCAUAUUAAUCUAACUCUUAAAUUUGUGCAAGAUGUUCUCUGUAGCCGCGUUAGUUGAUAGCGAAUUGAUCUCAUCAUGUACCGUCAGAGAAAAAAGUGUUAAUAUAUAAACGGGUGAGAUGUUAAUGAGAAAAUGCCUCAGCGCUCGUCAUCCUCAAGUCUGAUGCGACCCUUCGUGGUGUUGGCUCUACCCGGAAUGUAUCUGCUGUAUAAGUACAAUCAGUACCGACAGCAGCAAAUGGAGACCGCUCGUCGACGUGUCACCGAGCGAGAGCUUAUGCACCUCAACACCAAAAUUGACAAGUUGCUCAAUAAACUGGAGGAAAAUGAACCAGAACUAGCCUCGUCACCAGAGGAAGAAUGUGUUAUAUGUGUGAACGCAAAAGCGACGAUGCAAACGUCUCCGUGUGGCCACCGCGUUGUCUGCCGGAGGUGCUUCGUGAAAACCAUUCAGAUGGCGGUCAGCCAACGGCUUCUGCCACUCCGCUGCGUCAUCUGCAGAGCCAAGAUACUGAGGCUGCGGCAGGCCCCGCGUCUUGUCACCAGCAAGAGUUGGCAGGUAUCGAGUGGAAGCGGUAAGACCUGGGGCGUGCCUGGAUCUGUUUCGUCUUACUCCGUGGGCGCGAGAUCGGUGCCAGCCUCCGCCUCCUUAUAUUCAGUUACCAGCGGAGAAUCUUCUCUUUCUGGUGUGUCUUCCGUCUCGUCCAACAGUGGCAACACCAGCUCGAACAGUUGUUCAACUAAGUUAUGUGGUGGAGCAAAGUGUGGGGGCGCUUGUUUGGGUGCUGUGCCCCGCGUGCCCGUAGCUUCCGCCCCUCCACGAGCUAGACAACCAGCUUCGAACUCAUUGAGACGAUCCCAGCAUCACAGCAUGAAGGCACGUCUGCAAGAAUAUCAAGUCCACAGCUACACCGGUGGUCCGGUUGGAGAGCCUUCGGGUAGACUGCCGCCCAUUCGGGAGUUUCAAAGGGAAUUUCGUGAAGGACGUCGUGAAAGCGCCCAGGCUGCAUCAGCCUCCACUAGAAUAAGGUGUGCCCAGAAGAUUGUUACGCAACUGGAAACAUCCCCGCAAAAAAAUAAACAACACUUUUUCCGGCCCCUAAAACCAUCAAAUAAAGACGACCCGCCUAAAUCUAGAGAUCAUAGCAAAGAGACUGAUAAGAAAAAAGAAAACCCCAAAACAAAACCCCAAAAAGACGACAAGAAGAAGAAGGAGAACGAAGAAAAUACAAAACAAGGUGAUAAAACUAAAAAAGACGAGAGUGUUGAUAAUAAAAAAAAUGAAUCGGCUGAGAAGAAGAAGGAAGAAAAACUAAGACUUAAAGCAGAGAAAGAAGCUAAGAAACAAGCUAAGGAAGAGGAGAGACAAGCGAAGCUACUGGCGAAAGAAGAAGAAAGACAGGCUAAGCUGUUAGCGAAGGAAGAAAAAAAGAAAGCCAAAAAAGAAGCAAAACUUGCAGCGUUAGCUGAAAAAGAGAAGAAUAAAUAAUAAGAGUAGAAUGUUGCAUAGCAUUCAAAUUAUUAUGUAUUAGAAACUAGCCGUCUUUAGACAGUAGAUCAGGAACGGUAAAAUAAAAAAUUUAUGAAUAUUGUAAAUUCAUAAAUCUAGAAUAUUAAUAAAGUACUGUAAUUUAUUAGCAUGACUUUAUUUGUAUUUUUUUAUUUUAUUAUUUAUUACCAUUACUUACUAUAAAAUUCAGGUUCUAAAUAGGUAUGUAAGUAAAGAAAUAUCGGUUAUUUUACGAAGUAGUAGUGUUGCUACUAUCAAUAUAUUUACUCAAAAUAUUAUAUACAGUGUUACCAGAACAAAAGUUAUAGUUUAAAAUAAUAAAAAAAAUAAAAGCAAUGUUAUAUGAAAAUGUUGGGUCAUAUAAUUGGAACUCUUAAAACUGCGAAGACUGAACGAAUGAGAAAAAGACGCCAUAUCGUUUUGUAAUUUGUGUGUAACAGUUGUAGUUAAGAUCUCGGUGCAAUUUUGCCAAAGAAUUUAUUUAAAACUGAUGAAACUCGAUCCAACUGAUUCUUGUCUCGUAAUUAAUUUGUUAGUAGGAAGCUAGAUAUUUUAUUUCUAUAAUUAUUUACGCUUCUUAUUGCAUCUCCACUGAAACUUCAGGUAGCUAAAAUAAUGAUUUGAUUUAGCGUUACCCAGUUCUGUCAAAGCGAACUGUUCGCAAGGUCAUAAUGUUAAUAUUAAAAUUGUAGAAUCAUAUCAAGUUGAGUUAGCGUAAAAUUAGGUAAGUGUUGAAAUUUCUUUUAUAAGAUUUCCAUUCGAAUCUAUUGUCAAUCGUUAGAAAAUUCCUGUAAAAUAAAUAACAAUGUUACUUAAA